CCGCAGUAUGUGCCAGUCCUUCGUAUGGAUAUCACGUCCGGUCGGGUGAUACUCGGCGAGCCUUCGUAAUCGCGCGUGAAGCGUAAAGUUUUUAUACCCGGUUGGACCGGGCUGCGUUGGCCGUUUUGCGUACCUGUGUUCGAUGCCGAUGACUGUAGCCAGGUUGAUGAGACCGUGAGACUUUUGAGCGCGGAAGACAUGUGAGAGACGAGAGUGCCAAGUAAUGUGGCUCCUGAUACUGCUACUCGCCUUUAUGGCGAGCGGUUCUGCGUGUCCCGAAGAGUGCUCUUGUCAUGCGGAACGUGCCGAGUUGAGCCAUGGUCCUGUUGAGCUAUCGUGUCUCGGUAAGACGCCCCAGGUCCAGGAAUUGCCAGGCGAUGCUCGCGCGCUCAAGAUAGAUAGCGCGGACGAGUACGAGGUGAUGAGCUUGCUGGAUGAAUUCGAAAAUGCCAGCCACGCUCUUCCGCUCCUGGAUGAGCUCGUCCUUACGAAUUGCUCCUUGGAGUAUCUUAAUGUAUCGUGGACAGGACUGGGAGGGCUACGCGCUCUCAAUUUGUCCAGCAAUAAUUUCGUGGACUUGAACGAUGUACAAAUAGUUAAUAUGGUGAAGUUACGUAGGUUGACGUCAUUCGAUGUGUCAAGUAAUCUUCUAAGGAACGUCAGUGCCAACGCGUUUAGGACACUUGCGACGUUAGUGUACUUGAGUUUGAGAAGAAAUGUCAUAACGAACGUAAGUGAGGCAGCAUUUCGUGGUCUCGCGCUUCUUGAGAAUCUGAAUCUGGCGGAUAACAGGCUCUCAUGGAUACCGGAUGGCGCCCUCACACCUCUCGAUUCUCUACAGAAGUUGGAUCUCAGUGGGAACCAGCUGCAGGUGUUAGGAGCCAGAUGGUUUGAGAGUCUUGGACGACUGCGUGAAUUGGACGUGUCGCGUAAUGGUCUGGCCAGAGCAGCGUCGGGUGCUCUUCAACCGUUGCCAGGACUGUCCGUGCUGCGAUUGGCUGAGAAUCCAUUGCGGGAACGAGACGUCUCUUUGCUUUUGGGAACAGGAAGACGAUUGGAAACUGUGGAUGCUUCGCGUACCGGUUUGGCACGAGUUCCCGCAGCUCUCACGAGAUCCGUGAGAGCACUUAGGCUUGCUGGAAACCUCCUAACAUCGAUCAGAAGUGGCGAUUUGGAUAGUUAUCCAUUGCUAAGGAUGUUGGACAUAUCUGACAACCGGUUGAGCGACGUCGAGGAAGAUGCUCUCGGUCGACUGGAGGUCCUGGAGGAUCUGAAUAUGUCCGGAAAUGUAUUGACUGAGGUGCCACGUAGUCUGCCCAGCAGCCUGACGAUUCUCAAUCUCGAAGGUAAUAGAAUAGGCACCCUGAGGUCAAACGAUCUUCAAGGUCUCUACAAUCUACGAUCCCUGAUGCUGAAUCACAAUGCCAUCACCCUCAUCCAAGAAGGUUCACUGGGUCAACUACCUGCACUAGUCGAGCUGGAUAUCUCGGAAAAUCCCAUCAAGACGCUGCCUGCUAAUACUCUAAACGGACCGAGCAAUCUCGCUACGCUUCGUAUGUCUGGCUUAACUUCCCUUGAAUGGGACCAGCAGGAACGGGCGGACAUGGCAUUUCCGGUACCCACCCCCGAGAGACUGGUGACUCUUGACGUGUCCUACAGUCCUGUACUCGCCGCUCAAUUAUUGGCUGAUAACGCGGCUUUAUCGGCAUGCAAGAGUCUCCUGGUCCUGAAUAUGAUCGGUACCAACGUUACCACCGUCAGAUCGGAUCUCCUUUAUUUUCUACCUCAACUACGCACCCUUGGAUUAUCUGGUAACGAAUGGAAUUGCACAGAGGAUCUCUACUGGUUGGGCGAAUGGAUAAGACAGCACGCGGAGUAUCAUCCACCUGCUGAUUGCGCCGAACCUGCUAACCUUACCGGAUAUCGACUCUACGAGAUGCCUGCGCCGCCGACUCCAUUGUCUACCGCGAAAACAUCUACUACGACCAUUGCACCUAUCACGGAUCCGUACUCGAAAGCUGAGGUCGAAGUUACUUCAGGUACUUUAUUCAACGCGAUCGAUUACAACGGAGAAAAAAACUUCUCGACAUAUUCAUACAUGGACGUCUUCACUUCUUCAACGACUGCUCCGGAUUUGACAAAUGAUACUGGCGAGCUUCUACUAGGUACAUCUACCACGGAUUACUUAAUCAAGUCUUCGGAAUCUAAAAUGGAGAAUCGGAACAAGGAUUCCCAGGUAAACACCACGGUAAGUGACAACCGUACGACUGAGUCUUCUAUUAUGCUCUAUACUUCAUACGCCAACGUAUCCAACAUCUUCCAAGCGUCUCUGAACGUCAAGAACACUAGCACGGAAAGUACUACUUCAGUCAAGAGGAACACUGCCGGAAGUAAAGAGGAUAGCUCCACUACCGAUGCGACUGAUGAAAGUAUUUCAAGUGGAGAAUAUCCAUUGCAAGGUAAUGAAACUGUCGCGACUACCAUUUCCACUUACAAAGCUAAACAAAUGAACACACCGUUUAAAAAGACGCUGAAUAAAAAGAUAAAAAGUGGACGAUACAAAAACAAGAAAGUAUCUGUCGCAAAACACAAUUCGAGCAAUUCCAGUAAAACCUUCAGCAGGAAUAUUCAAUCAAAUGCAACUAGGACGCUGACGGCGGAAAGAACCAAAGAGACGAGCCACCAAGCAGCCACUAGGAAUCUGACGGAGGAGUCCUUGGUCCUGGCGGAUGCGUCUUCGAAUACGCUUGCGGAGGAGUUGAGCGGACAGGCAACGGAUUCUGGGGCCAGGGUGUCGGAGCCACCUGCGUCCGGAGCACAUCCUGGAAUGUUGGUCCUUGCAGGAGCCGCUCUGGGUGCUGCUGCAGCUUUGACGGUCGUUCUGUCACGUCGCGCUACGAUACGUCGAAGGGAUCGGUAUCAUCGCCACGAGAAUAUCGAAGUUCACACAUUGACCCCGGCCGUUGAACUUUGGUGACCGGAUACAAAGAGAUACUGAGCUAACAGAGCGCGUGGCUCUUGUCAACGCUAGAGUUACGGAACAUCUUUUAAAGUGUAUUCUCGCAGGAAGUCAGGUUCAAGGAUAUAGAACGGUCGACGCUGAGAGCGUCGGUCCUGCGUAUAACGCGUCGCAAUAAAAGAUAAAUAAUUUCGGAGUCACGCAGCUCCGGUUCGACUACAUUGAACAACAGUGACAAUAAUAGUGUUGGGUGUGGUGGUUUUAACAUGCUCAUUUUGCGGUCUGGCAGAGAAAGGUGUGAUUUUAAGGAUGGAAUGUUGACGAAGGUGGAGCAGAACGUGAUGAACAUGAGAAGGGAUGAAAAUGGCCGUGACCCUGCGAUUUAACGGCACCGUCAGAGACUCAAGGAGCAGUGCCCAAGAUUCAUCGUGUGUAUCGCGUUAACGAACUGGCACGAUAUUCGUAUUAGUGAGAUACCUAUAUUUAUGUAACGAACGAGAGACAAAAAAGGGAACUGGGACACGGGAGAUAAGGGUGGGUCGUUUCACGAUGGUAAACGCCGAGGGAACCCGAGAAGAAGAAGACUGUAUUGCGCGUCGAGACGACUCAACGACGGCAGUCCAGUGACCAUUUGUACAGAAUUGUUGCUUCUGGCGUAAUUCUGCCGUACUGGCGAGACGCCAAAAUCUCCUUACAGAUAACAAUGAAGAGGCUAGAUAUUAUCUUUCUUAAAAGUAACCAGUGUCAAAAUACCAUUACGAUAAUAAACGAAUGUACAAAGA